AUGGCCGGCACCGGGACACCGGGAGCGCCGGCACGUGACCGCGCGGAGCACGUGACUGCACGGGCGGCCGCGCUUUACGGCGCCGCGCGACAGUUCCCGGUGCUGUGCCCUCAGCUCGCCAUGGCGUCGGGCAGCGGGAUCAAGAACCUGGACUUCCGCCGGAAGUGGGACAAGGAUGAGUAUGAGAAACUCGCAGAGAAGCGGCUCACGGAGGAGAGAGAAAAGAAAGAUGGCAAACCAGCUCAGCCUGUCAAAAGGGAGCUUCUGCGGCACCGAGACUACAAAGUGGACCUGGAAUCCAAGCUGGGGAAAACCAUUGUCAUCACCAAAACUACCCCUCAGUCUGAGAUGGGAGGGUAUUACUGUAAUGUAUGUGACUGUGUGGUGAAGGAUUCCAUCAACUUCUUGGAUCACAUCAAUGGCAAAAAACACCAGAGGAAUCUGGGCAUGUCCAUGCGGGUGGAGCGUUCCACGCUGGACCAGGUGAAGAAACGCUUUGAGGUGAACAAGAAGAAGAUGGAGGAGAAGCAGAAGGAUUAUGACUUUGAGGAGAGGAUGAAGGAACUCCGUGAGGAGGAGGAAAAGGCCAAAGCCUACAAGAAGGAGAAGCAGAGAGAGAAGAAGAGGCGGGCGGAGGAAGAUUUGACCUUUGAAGAGGAUGAUGAAAUGGCAGCUGUGAUGGGUUUCUCUGGUUUCGGCUCAACCAAAAAGAGCCACUGAACAGCUCUGGACUCUCCUCUUUCUCUAAACAGCUUGUUUUUACCCAGGGAACUCUGGAUAACUCUUCAAAGACUUGAUUGAGGACUUGUAUGUAAAUCUCCCAGUAGAAGUUGGCUGGAAGAGUUGAAAAGCGAUUCCAUACUCUACCUGUGCUGCAGAUCAAGCUCUGCCUCUCAUUAGCUUCCCUUCUCCUUCUGUGUCCUAGAUCUGGCUGCUCUGUGGCCGUGUGUGUGCAGGGAAGUGCUCUGUUGGGUACAUUUUUUUGUCAAUAAAGUGCACAUUCUGCACAGGUGGCCUGGUUCAGGAUUAAUCUAGUUGUCAACCAGGCCCUACUUGUCACCCAAGCUGUGUUUGAGAUGCUGGGAGGGAUUCACUUGCUUUUAGGCUCAUAAUGAAGGAAAUGUGCCACAGCAAGCAGUGUGAGAGGUGCAUCUUUAUGGCUUGUGCUGAGCAGAGCUGGUGGCUGCAUGGAGUCUGGGUUGCUGAAACUUUCCUGUGUGUUUUAUCUGCAAGGGAGACUUCCCUCCUUUUCUUUGUGUUUUAGCCCAUAAUUUCCGUAUCUUUAAGGCAGGGGAGAAAUUCCUCCCCAUUACUGGUCUAGGAUAGAGCCAAUGAAAGAAAGGUGUGUACAAUUUGCCAGAAAUAAAUGGAAUGUUUUAAUGGGC